UAAGCGGCCUCGGGGAACAGGGGGCCUCUUCAACAGCCGCAGCUCUCGGGACAGGACGGUGAGGACACUCGGACCAGAACACUGUCUGCAACAUGACCAGGAAACUACACAAUCCCAGUCUGGACGAUGCCAGGAGCAGAAAAAGGAUUUUGAAGCCGGCUGUUGAAAAGAAGAGAAGAGAUCGAAUAAACCAGAGUCUCGCUGAACUGAGAAGCUUGCUGCUGAAUCACACGUCGGAUGCACGGUUGCAGAAUCCCAAAAUAGAGAAGGCAGAGAUUCUGGACUUGGCCGUGGAAUAUCUUCAGAAUUGGACCAGUGGACGGAAACCGAGCAACGACUCUUCUGAUAGUCAGACGAAGGCCCACGCUCCUGUGGUGAGCCUUCACCACCCAGAGGCCGGUCUUCCUCCUCUCUUCACCAUCCAGAGUGCAGGCUUUCAGCAGUGCGUGGCCCAGCUGACCAGCUACAUGCACAGAAUAACGCCGGCGCAGAGGACGAGCCUGAUCGAGGGGCUGAGGCAUCACGCAGAGAAGCAGCAGCAGCUGAAGCCGGACUUCAACCAGAGCGUGACUGACGCCGAGAGGCCCGAGGCGGCCUCCGUGGACGCCCUCUCCGCGUUCGAGAGAAAAGACGAGUCUCCCAAGUUUCCAUCCCUCUCCCCGUUUCAGCCUCUCUCCUGCUCCACGCCGUGCCACGACUAUCUCUCCCCUCCCACUUCCCCCUGGUUCUCUCCUUCCUUCUCCACAUAUGCCACCUCUCCUUCUUUCCCAUCAUUCGCCUCUCACUUCUCCUUCCCCCCCUGCCUGUCACCUCCGUCCUCCAACGCCUCCUUCUACAGUUUCUCGCCCACCACGCUCCCUCACACGGGCCCUGCUGGCCUCCACCUCCCCCCGCUCUCGUCGCUGAGAUCCUCUCCGCACCUCGUGCCGAGGGAGGGGUCGCCACCACACUCCUCUUCGCCCGUGUGGAGGCCGUGGUUUUGACGAGGUGGUGCAGAGACUGACGGGACAGCCGCUCAGU